UUCUUGUUCCCGCCAAUAUGUCCUUUGAUUAAGGAGGACCAAACUUAGGUAUACACACAUAAUUUCUCUGUUAUAAGUAGUGCUUCUCCUUGCAUCAUUUUCUUCAACAACCUCAACUCCAUUAAAUCUUAAGAAUGGGUAUCAUAAUUUUCAUCCUUGUUCUUCUUUUUGUAGACUCAUGUUUCAACAUUGUUGAAGGAAGAAUCCCUGGUGUUUACUCUGGUGGUUCAUGGGAAACUGCACAUGCUACAUUUUACGGCGGAAGUGAUGCUUCUGGAACAAUGGGUGGUGCGUGUGGUUAUGGAAAUUUAUACAGCCAAGGAUACGGAGUUAACACAGCAGCACUGAGUACUGCUUUGUUUAACAAUGGAUUAAGUUGUGGAGCCUGUUUUGAACUUAAAUGUACAAAUACUCCUAAUUGGAAAUGGUGUCUUCCUGGAAACCCUUCCAUUUUAAUCACAGCUACCAAUUUCUGCCCACCAAAUUACGCGUUGCCAAAUGACAAUGGUGGCUGGUGUAACCCUCCUCGCUCUCACUUUGACCUCGCUAUGCCUAUGUUUCUCAAACUUGCUCAGUACCGCGCUGGCAUUGUUCCUGUAACUUAUCGCAGGAUCCCAUGCCGAAAGCAAGGAGGAAUCAGAUUUACCAUCAAUGGAUUCCGUUACUUCAACUUAGUUUUGAUCACGAAUGUAGCAGGUGCAGGGGAUAUUAUUAAGGUUUGGGUAAAAGGAACAAAGACAAAUUGGAUUCCAUUGAGCCGUAAUUGGGGACAAAAUUGGCAAUCAAAUGCGGUUCUAACUGGUCAAUCACUCUCUUUCAGAGUUAAAGCUAGUGACCAUCGAUCUUCUACUUCAUGGAAUAUUGUUCCUUCUCAUUGGCAAUUUGGCCAAACUUUCACCGGAAAGAAUUUCAAAAUAUAAAAUUAGUAAGGCUAUUGUUAUUUUUAAUUUGUGGGAAAACUAGGAUAUUUCAGAGUGUUGUUCAGCUUAGGGAAGGAAAUCGAGUCCUCGCUGAAAAUUCAAAUAGAUAAUCAAUUAAAUUACUAAAAUUCUUCGAUAUUUCUGAGUGUGUGUAUCAACAUUUUAACCUAAGUAUGGUUAAAGGGGAAAAGCGAAAGGCUAUAUAUCUGUAAUGGAGAGAAAGGUUGAAGUGGCUGCAAAAUCAUGUAGCCCGCAGCUUUUUUUUUUUGACUUUUACAAUAUACAUCACAAGUUUUUAUAAAUGCAUUGUCCUUCUCUUCAA